CCGGGCGGCCGGUGAGGAGCGCGCGCGGGUCCACGUAGCCCGGCGGCGCGGCCCCGGUGCCUCCCGCGCGCGGCCUCGGUCCGCGGCGCUCCGAGCGCCAUGAAGCUGCUGCGGCGCGCGUGGCGGCACCGGACGGCGCUGGGCCUGGGCGGCCUGGCGCUGGGCGGCGCCGCGCUGCUCUACCUGGCGCGCUGCGCCGGCCCCGCCGCGCCCGCCGACCCCGCGCCCGCCGGCCCCGCGCGCGCCGCCGCCUUCCUGGCGGUGCUGGUGGCCAGCGCGCCGCGGGCGGCCGAGCGGCGCAACGUGGUCCGCAGCACGUGGCUGGCGGCGCGGCGCGGCGGCCCGGCGGACGUGUGGGCGCGCUUCGCCGUGGGCACCGGCGGGCUGGGCGCCGAGGAGCGGCGCGCCCUGGAGCGCGAGCAGGCCCGGCACGGCGACCUGCUGCUGCUGCCGGCGCUGCGCGACGCGUACGAGAACCUCACGGCCAAGGUGCUGGCCAUGCUGGCCUGGCUGGACGAACACGUGGCCUUCGAGUUCGUGCUCAAGGCGGACGACGACUCCUUUGCGCGCCUGGACGCGCUGAUGGCCGAGCUGCGCGCCCGCGACCCCGCGCGCCGCCGCCGCCUCUACUGGGGCUUCUUCUCGGGGCGCGGCCGCGUGCGGCCCGGGGGCCGCUGGCGCGAGGCCGCCUGGCAGCUCUGCGACUACUACCUGCCCUACGCGCUGGGGGGCGGCUACGUGCUCUCGGCUGACCUGGUGCGCUACCUGCGCCUCAGCCGCGAGUACCUGCGCGCCUGGCAUAGCGAGGACGUGUCGCUGGGCGCCUGGCUGGCGCCAGUGGACGUGCAGCGCGAGCACGACCCGCGCUUCGACACUGAGUACAAGUCCCGUGGCUGCAACAACCAGUACCUGGUGACGCACAAGCAGAGCCUGGAGGACAUGCUGGAGAAGCACCGGACGCUGGCGCGCGAGGGCCGCCUGUGCAAGCGGGAGGUGCAGCUGCGCCUGUCUUACGUCUACGACUGGUCGGCGCCGCCCUCGCAGUGCUGCCAGAGGAAGGAGGGCAUCCCCUGACCGCCCCGAGCCGGCCCGCUCUCCCGGGACCCCGGGCUCCCGGCGCACGGCGUCCUGCCACGCGUGGUGCUGCGUGGAGGCUGGGACCGAGUCCUUGGGGGCCUCCCGCCGGCCUUCCACUGGCGAAGCUGACAGCUUUUCGCUGGUCGUUAGCAUGAGGCCAGCCCUCGAGAGGACCCAGUUCACCUAGUGAUCGCGGGCUUCCAUGCAGCUGCAGAGCAGCAGUGGACAACGCCUAAGCCCUGGCUCGGGUCUGCACCCAUACAUGGUGGCCCACCAGAGAGCAUCUUGUUCUGGGUCUGGGGCCAGCAUCAUGUCCAGGCAGAAAUGUCCUGUCCUCAGAUUUCAGCAUUUGCCUGAUGUGGACGCGUCAGCGGGCAGCCCUGUGGGCCUGUCCAUGCACCGUCCUCUCCCAGGCGGGUGCCGAGGAGCCAGAGGAUGGAGCUGGCAGGACUUGCAGGACCUGACCCCAAAGAUGAAUCCCCUUCGGGGCUGGGGACAGGUUGGGUCCUUCAUCUACAGUAUUGACCGUCCACCUGCACCAAGCCCGUGAGCAUGGGUAACUGGGCCCUGGCACUUGGAGACUUGCCGUGUGAUGCAACCCAACGGCUUUUAUCAAAGUGACUGUCGUUUUGUGCAGUUAGGUCACCUCCUUUUUCGUGUCCUGCUGGUAUCACUUGUCAUGUGUACGUCUAGGAUGUAACUUCAUGUCACGUGAAUCAGCUUUCCUGGUGUUUUGGUUUGUGUGUCUGUCUGGAGUGAAUUCGUGGUACAUGUAGUUCAGAGCUUGCCUGUGACUUAUUUAUAAGUUUUGUGAAUUUGUAAAGAUAAGAGUUUCAUCUGGAAAUGUGUGGGUCUCCAUAUAUUUUAAGUUAUUUAAGAGAAGACUUUUCUAUCAGAGCUUGGAAUUUGUGAAUUAAUCUGUUUUUACAUCUUAAGUUGUAGACCCAUUUGCUGUUCAAGCGUUGAAAUGUGGAAGAAUUCAAAAGUGUCCACCUCCCUGCCGUUUACAAGGAAGGUGACCCCACUGUCUCUAAAAACACUUUACUUUAAGGCUUCCUUGUGGCCGCACAGGGCAAGUGUUUCUGGAAGCGCUGACGAGGUUUCCUAAAAUCUGUCUUGAGACAGCCUUGAUGUGGCAGGUCCCCUUGGGGACAGCAGGUGUUCGCGGCACCCUUGCACAUGCCCAGAAGGUUGGGUCUUUCCCUUUUCCCCAAUAAACAUGAAAAGUGAGCACUGUGGUCAUGGCAGAAGUCAAAUAA